AUUUACGAACAAGUAGGCUGUAGUGUAGCGGCAGAUUAUGUGGAGCUGGCACCGAUUUUAAUCACCGAUUCGGUCUCAAAAACUGGCCCUAUUAGGUUCAUAAGACACCUUUAAGUUGCACACUCAAUCAGAAAAUCGGUAAAGUGUAUGGAAAGUAUGGAAGAUCAUGCGGUGCAUCGUCUAGAAGGGUCGUCAAACCAGUCCGGUGGUUUAUUCAUCAAAAAAUCGAAAUUUAAAUCUCCAAAACUGGCGAAAUCUCUACUAGGACUCGACUCAUUAGCUGCUCAAAAGCGGAGUGAGAAAGAUGUUCAAAGCACAGAUGAGAGAAAUAAAUCCAAAAGAAAGUCUAACAGAGAAGAUAAUGAUGAAGAUGUUCAAACUGAAAAGAGCCAACAUUCAUCAAGCAAAAGACAUUAUCGCUCACAUCGCAUUGAGACACCAUCGCAUACCGGAGGAGUGAGUGAAGCAGCAAAGGAAAAACAACGCAUGCGAGAGGAUAGAAAGUGGGGAGGAGUGUAUGCAUCAUCCAAAGAAGAGAGAAGACACAAUGAAAGAAAAAGGAGUAAAGACAGGGAUUAUGAACAAGAUAGACACAGAAAGCGUUCAAAGGAGAAGGAACAUCACAGAAAGCACUACAAUUCACAAAGGUCGGAAAGGUCACAAAGAAGCCAGAGAAGUGAUUCAGGUAACUACAGUGGAAGAGAUGAACCCGCAACACCAAGGCUUUCAAGAGGUGUAGUGACACCAUCAAGAACAAGCUGGGAAGAUGAUGACGACGUUCCACGAAAACAGUCUGAUUGGGAUUUUCCAACGCCAGAUAGGGAGAGAAACCAGAAAGACAGAGGAUACAGUUCUGAACGAAAGAGCCAUAGGAGUUUUAGAUCAGAAAGAAAAAAGGACAAGAGAAAUGCUGUGGAUGAUACUCCAGUCCUGACUCCAAGCUAUAAGUACAAUGCGUGGGCAGAUGACAGAAAGAAGUCUGGGGUUACCCCAUACAGCAAAGAUGAUUACUCAGAGAGACGACAAACCACAGACACUGACAAACUUGAAUGGGAAGCAGAACAAAAGAGACUUGACAGACAAUGGUAUGGAAUGGAUGAAGGUACGGAUGAAACAAAUAACCCAUUUUCCUCCAUCCCUGAUGAGUACAUACAGAAGAAAGAAAGCGAGAUGCAAAAGCAUGCUACAAAGAGGAUGUCAGAAAGACAACGACAAAUCAAUAAGGAUGUUGAGAAGUGGGAAACAAAUCGAAUGAUUACCAGCGGUGUAGUACAACGUGUGCAAUAUGAUGAAGACUUUGAAGAAGAAAAUGUGAAUAAGGUUCAUUUGCUGGUCCAUAACUUAGUGCCACCCUUCCUUGAUGGUAGAAUCGUGUUUACUAAACAGCCAGAGCCUGUUGUACCCCUCAAGGAUGGUACCUCUGACAUGGCUGUAGUUUCAAGGAAGGGUUCGAUGGUUGUGAGAAAGCACCGGGAGCAGAAAGAACGCAAAAAAGCACAACACAAAGACUGGGAGCUUGCCGGGACUAAACUUGGCAACAUCAUGGGCAUUAAGAAAACUCAGGAAAAGGAUGAGAGUGGUGAUGUGGAUUACAAGACUAACCAGAAAUUUGCUGAACACAUGAAGGAUAAGACAGAAGCAGCAAGUGACUUUGCCAAGAAGAAAUCGUUACGUGAACAGCGUGAAUACCUUCCUAUAUUCGCUGUCCGGCAGGAGCUUCUGAAUGUAAUUCGAGACAACAAUGUCAUUGUGAUUGUUGGUGAAACAGGUUCUGGUAAAACCACUCAAUUAACUCAGGUAAAAAAUUUAUUGAUUGAUUGAUCAGGGGUUUAUUUAAGAGCCGGCGGCCGGCGCAUUCGAUCGGCUACUACGAUGUUUUCGCCGGCUACUUCAAUCAAUGCUGUCUACCAGAAAAAGUAGCUACGUACAUAUAAGGUAUUGAACUUUAAUGAUAAUAUUGCUUAGAAGACAUUGAUCAAGUACAUGACUGACGGUAUUCUUCUACGAGAAUCGCUACGUGAAUCUGACUUGGACCACUAUAACGCCAUCAUUAUGGAUGAAGCUCACGAACGAUCUUUAAAUACAGACGUGUUGUUUGGACUUUUACGAGAUGUUGUUGCUCGAAGGCAUGAUUUGAAGUUGAUAGUCACAUCUGCAACUAUGGAUGCAGACAAGUUUGCAAACUUUUUUGGAAAUGUUCCAGUCUUUGAAAUCCCGGGACGAACAUUCCCUGUUGACGUUCUAUUCAGUAAAAAUGUGGUAGAAGAUUACGUUGAUUCAGCAGUGAAGCAAGUGCUACAGAUCCACCUGCAGGGAUCACCUGGAGAUAUCCUAGUGUUCAUGCCAGGACAAGAAGACAUUGAGGUCACCUGUGAUCUCAUUACAGAAAGACUUGGCGAGCUAGAUGAUGCUCCUCAACUUGCCAUCCUUCCGAUUUAUUCUCAACUUCCAUCUGACCUCCAAGCUAAAAUCUUCCAGAAAGCACCAGGUGGCGUUAGAAAAUGUAUUGUAGCUACAAAUAUUGCUGAGACUUCUCUUACAGUUGAUGGCAUCAUGUUUGUGGUUGAUUCAGGGUACUGUAAACUUAAAGUAUAUAAUCCUAGGAUUGGUAUGGAUGCUCUUCAGAUUUACCCCAUCAGUCAAGCAAAUGCAAGGCAACGCUCUGGCAGAGCUGGAAGAACAGGUCCUGGCCAGUGUUAUCGUCUUUACACUGAAUCAGCAUAUAAGAAGGAACUGCUUAGGACUACUGUUCCUGAAAUACAAAGAACUAAUUUAGCAAAUGUUGUUUUACUGCUGAAAUCUUUAGGAGUUCGGGAUCUUUUACAAUUUCAUUUUAUGGAUCCUCCUCCACAGGACAAUAUGCUAAACUCUAUGUACCAGCUUUGGAUUUUGAGUGCCUUGGAUAACACAGGAAGUUUGACACAAAUUGGCCGACAAAUGGUUGAGUUUCCACUUGAUCCGGCCCUCUCCAAGAUGCUUAUAGUGGCUUGUGAAAUGGGAUGCAGUGCUGAAGUUCUAAUUAUAGUCUCUAUGCUGUCAGUUCCAUCAAUUUUCUUUCGUCCUAAAGGACGAGAAGAGGACAGUGACCAAGCUAGGGAGAAGUUUGCAGUACCUGAAAGUGACCAUCUAACAUAUUUAAAUGUGUAUCAACAAUGGAAGCAGCACAAUUAUUCAUCUGCUUGGUGUAGUGAUCACUUCAUUCAUGUGAAAGCAAUGCGUAAAGUUCGUGAGGUACGGCAGCAGUUAAAAGACAUCAUGGACCAGCAACGCAUGGACUUGACGUCAUGCGGCACAGGUUGGGAUAUCAUUCGGAAGUGCAUCUGCUCAGCAUUCUUCCAUCAGGCAGCAAAACUGAAGGGUAUUGGGGAGUAUGCCAAUGUUCGGACAGGUAUGCCUUGUCAUUUGCACCCCACCAGUGCGUUGUUUGGAAUGGGGUACACCCCAGAUUACAUCAUCUACCACGAACUUGUGAUGACGUCAAAGGAGUACAUGCAGUGCGUAACAUCAGUGGAUGGCCAUUGGUUGGCUGAACUUGGACCAAUGUUUUACAGUGUAAAAGAAUCUGGCAAGUCACGGUCUGAGAAGCGACAAGAAGCUAAGGAAAGUCUAGUGAAUAUGGAGGACCAGAUGGCAGCUGCCUCAGAAGAGCUCAAAACAAGAGAAGAGGAGGAAGAACUUCAAAGGAAGUCAUCUAUAAAAAGAAUGCAAAUAUCAACACCAGGAAGGAGAGACGUUGCAACCCCACAAAGGAAGAAGACGCCCUCUUCAUUUGGAUUGUGAAUUGUGUUGUUGGUUAACAACAGCGGACUAUGUUACAUUCUCAGUGAAUGGAACUCAAACCAAUUGAGAGAGGAGCUACAAUCCCACAAAAGAAGAUGCCCUCUUUAUUUGGACUAUGCAAGAUGUUGGUCCACAACAGUGGACUAUGUACAUUCUCAAUUAUGAAUAAAAUUCAAACCAAAUUGAGGAGGGAUGCUACAUCCCCACAAAGGAAGUAGACACCUUCUCCUGUUGGACUGUGAAUGAUGUGAUGUUGAUUGACAACAGUGGACUACUGUAUAUUACAUUAUCAGUGAAUGGAACUUGAACCAAUUUGAUAUGAUAAAAUGCUAAUAUAUAAUGUUGACACAUUUCAAUAAAAGUCAAUGCCAAUUUGUA